AUGUCAUAUCGGGUACCCAUUUCGCAGGUAUUCCACAGCCCCAAAGACGUCAAAAUGCCCGCAACGCGUACACCCUCGUACACGAUGAGUAGUUUAACUUCAUUGGUAGAUGUUAAGCAGCCCGCAGCUUUUUCUCCGCGUUUCACAACAAGAUACUACCACCCAGAAGAUCCAGAUGAUUGCGGAGAUGGCAUCCCACGUGGGAAGUCAGGCCUUGGAACUCAGGACCGCGUCUUCAAGAAGGAAGGCACAGUCUUCGCGCUCGCCCGCGUGCCCAUUCUACAAACAUACAUUCAAGGCUCGAUGCAGACUACGAACGGCAUGUUUCAGUAUCAAAGACGUGCGGAUGAAGAGCGCCACCACUUUCGAGAGUUGACAAUUAAUUCUGGUGGCACUCUUCAUCCGCACGUCUUUGACGAUGAAAUUUAA